AUGAACAAAAUUAUAAUGAAAUUAUUCAUUUUUCAGGUUGACCUCUUAAUCGAUAAUGAAGCAGAGAAAGAUUACCUGUAUGAUGUGCUGCGGAUGUAUCACCAAUCGAUGAAUCUUCCAGUGUUGGUUGGUGAUCUGAAGUACGUAAUCAAUGAACCAAGUCGACUACCAUUGUUUGAGGCCAUUUGUCCUCUUAUCCCAUUAAAACACCAAGUGGAAUAUGAUCAGUUGACACCUAAACGAACAAGGAAACUGAAGGAAGUGAGAUUGGAUCGUCUGCAUCCUGAAGGUCUUGGAAUUAGUGUGCGAGGAGGUGCUGAAUUUGCUUGUGGCCUGUUUAUUUCACAGCUAAUAAAAGGAGGACAAGCAGACAAUGUUGGACUUCAGGUUGGAGAUGAGAUCGUUCGAAUAAAUGGUUACUCCAUUUCUUCAUGCACUCAUGAAGAAGUCAUCAAUCUUAUACGCACAAAGAAAACAGUAUCUAUAAAAGUGCGACAUGUUGGGAUGAUACCUGUCAAAAGUUCCCCAGAUGAGCCUCUCAAGUGGCAGUAUGUAGAUCAGUUUGUAUCUGACCCUGGGGAUGGCCAAAACAGCGUUGCAGGUCUUGCGUCAUCUGGAGGAAAACAUCAUAAAGAAAAGAAAGUUUUCAUUAGCCUAAUUGGUACAAAGGGCAUGGGUUGCAGUAUUUCCAGUGGUCCUACACAAAAGCCUGGCAUUUUCAUAAGCAAUGUUAAACCAAAUUCUUUGUCUGCUGAAGUGGGGUUGGAGGUUGGUGAUCAGAUUGUUGAAGUAAAUGGUACGGACUUCUCAAAUGUGGAUCAUAAGGAGGCUGUGAAAGUGUUGAAAAGCAGUCAAACCCUGACAAUCACUGUUGUAACUGGAGCUGGCAAGGAGCUGUUUAUGACUGAUGAAGAGAGGCAAAGGGAAGAAUAUAACCGUGAGAUGGAGCGGCAAGAAUUAAUGCGUCAGAAGUGGCUUGCCCUGGAAACCAACAAAAUCCUGAAAGAACAGCAAGAAAAAGAAAAAAUGCGGAAAAUGGAGAUUGCACAGAAGGCUGCUGAGGAAGAAGAACGAUACCGUAAAGAAAUUGAACAGAUAAAGGCAGAGGAAGAUAAAUUCAAAAAGCAGUGGGAGGAGGAUUGGGGUCAUAAAGAGCCACUAAAGGCUGCCAAAACUGUAGUGGCAGAAGUACAUUCUCCACCUCGUCCUAAACAUCGAUUAGAUGUAGAGGAAACUGCAUUUGAUCAGUCCACAUCAAAUGAUACAACUGGAUUGAAGCUGGAGGAAAGCCAACAGGGCUUCCAAAAAUAUGUGGAGGACUUUGAUCCCUACACCAUGUUUUCACCAGAUCAGAUUAUGGGAAAAGAUGUACGACUCCUUCAUAUAAAAAAGGAAGGAUCAUUGGACCUUGCAGUAGAAGGCGGCAUUGAUUCACCAAUUGGAAAAGUAGUGGUGUCUGCUAUUUAUGAGGGUGGUGCUGCAGACAAGCAUGGAGGUAUUGUGAAAGGAGAUGAAAUAAUGGCUGUAAAUGGCAAGGUUUUGUUGGAUGCUAAGCUGGAUGAAGCUCGGGCAGCUCUUGCGAAAGCAUGGAACGUGGGAGGGGAUUGGAUUGACUUGGUCAUUGCAGUGUCUCCUCCCAAGGAUUAUGAUGAUGAAAUGACAUUUUUUUAACAACGUGAGAGAAACCAAAUACAUCUCUUGAAGAAAGCUACCAAUGUAAUCCUCAUUCUUACCCAGCUACAAAUCUUUAAUCAACAAGUACAAAAAAGAAGGACAUAAGAUUAUUUAAGUCACUCAGGCCAAUAUGCUUUUACAACAAUAUAUCAUCUCAUUUCCCCCCAUAAGCUAUUACUGUUCCCCAGUUAUACAGUAAUAGCAUAUAGGUAAAAAUUCACUGUAGGUGAUAAAAAGAGACAAAUGCCAAUUUUAAAACAAAAUGGAAUUCAUAUGAAAUCUUGUAGUAACUGACAUUACAAUGGGGAGAGUCAUUUUUUUCCAUAAAUAAUAUAUUUAUAGUCCCAUACAUAACUGAACAGAAAUAAGUGGAACUUAUUUUCCAGAAAGUACAUUCUCUACACAGAUUUGGAAAAGAGUCACUAGAUCUAUCAUCCUAUGACUUACACUAUUACAAAAUUACCAAGAAAUUUAGUGGGAUUUUUUUUCUAUGCAAAGUGUAACUGAAUUCCUAUUUUCUGAGUUUAGUUAAAAAAACAACUCAUCUUUGUUAAGAAAUUAACAUUAUAUACUGUUAUCUUAGUGAUUAUUUGAUGGCAUUUCAGUUAAUUAGAUCAACCAAAAAUCCUGUAGCAGCAAAACUCACAGAUUCCUAUUCAACUUUUAUCACAACACCUACUUAUAAGAAAUAAUAAACUUGGCACUGUACUGAGCAUGUUAGUUCCAUUCAAGAGAGAUUGCAGUUGCCAU